AUGGAGAAGAUAAGCUCCGCUAAAGAAAGCGAUGCCAGCUCUAGGCGCCGUCGUUUCUCUACACUGUCAUCGGUGUUCCGCUCAAAACCAAAAGACAGAGCCAGUUGCAUACCUGACGCAGUACAAGCAGAACCAACAUGUCUGGAAAGUAUCCAUUAUCCGGUUUACAAUCCUCUGGACCCUCGUCAUAAUCCAGAGGUGGUUAGCACUUCGUGGCGUCGUUCACACAGCUCGGCUUCAGAGACAUCCACCCCAAUCUCAAAGAUCCAAACCAUCACACGACGGUCUCUUCAUAAAGCACGAACAGGGCUGCAGGCGCUUAGGGCAGGAAUAAUCAAUCAUUUCAGUGAGGACGGGUCCCGCGACCAGAAUCAUGUCAGCCUGCACAGUCCUGGGCGCGAAGAUGAUGUGACUGAAGGGUCAUCUGUGACAGUCACAUCAGCCAUUUUCGACAAUGCGACCUUUGGGGCUGAGAUAUUCCGUACAAGCACUCCAGUCCGUCCAGCAGGCAAUGCGGAGACUGGGUCACUCCACUUUGUUCUACCUGGGCUUUCAGAUAGACUUUCGUUUGCGACUGUUCCCGAGCGCGAAAGCAAACGCAAACAACGACCCUGCGGCAAUGCUGUAAGUACUCCUAGGGCGAAACGGACGUAUACCAUGACCCACGACCGGAAUCUGGAUCUCCAACCAUCUGGAUCUGGAGACUUGGAGGCAAAAACGCAUCUUGACGAUUGUAUCGCUCACACCACACCCUCGAUAGAUGACCCUAUGAGACAUCCACCAUGGGGUGUGGCCUUCUCUGCCAAGAAAGAAAACGCAAUGCCUCUCUAUGACCUCGCUGAGCCCCAGUCAAAUUGGGCCGGCCACUGGACAACAAAUCCUCAAGGUUCAAGCCUCAGCCACGCAAGUUCAGGUACGCAGAGAAGCGACGACAAACUGAGCUCACCUUCACUUUCACUGUCAAGGCAAUGCUCUGCUGAGGUCAAAUUUGCAUUUCCGGGAGUCUACCAGGAGAUGUUAGAGCAGUGCUCGAGACAGGGCGAUAGGGAAGAUCCGAAUGAGCUUGUUCCUCAUCCUAACCAGCGUUGCCCUGAUGGCAGUGAAGUUGAAAACCCCCCGAACGCUUCUCCCACCCCAAACGAAUGCAUCAAUCUCCAUGAUGGCGCACACGGCGAGGUGUCUUCUCAUGAGGACGAUGAAGGCCUCAUCCCGUUGUUACCCCCACAAGACCCGAUUCCCCGUUUUGAAGAGCUGCAACCAUCUCACCAUCCCAAUCCACUCAGCUUGACGCACAGUCGACACUCUAGUGACCGUUGGUCAUCAGUCUCCGAAAUGUCAAUGCCUCCGUGGUCGAGAGACGAUGGAUACUCGAGCCGUUACACAACUGAGGAGCUCAUGUCGCCAGAUUUCGGUUCUGAGAUGACCUCAAUGACAAAUGAUACAUGGUCACCACUUGAAGACGAGCUUCAGUUCCCAAGCCCGAUUGAAGAAGAGAAUGAGUACUUCCUGGUCGAUGGCAAAACAAGUCGCCAACAUCGAGGAAAUCAACCAAUUAAACCCGCACAGCCUAUCAUCAUUGACUACAACAUUCCCAUCGAAGACCGACCAUUGAAUGAUUUGACGUCUCCGGAGAUCCUUUCUCCACAUUCAUCUAAUGGCAUUCCCGGUGCACCGUUUGACUUUGAGGAGGACACAGAUGACGAGUUUUAUCCUGGGGCUGUACAGUUAAGACGUUAUUAUUAG